GGAGACUCCCAAACUCGAGAUCCUCACUCUCUUGGAAACCCACCCAGAACCUCCACCCUCUGACACCAUGGUCAACUCCUGUUGUGGCUCCGUCUGCUCUGACCAGGGCUGUGGCUCCAGCUGCUGUGGCUCCAGCUGCUGCCAGCCUUGCUGCCGCCCCACCUGCUGCCAGACCACCUGCUGCAGGACCACCUGCUGCCGGCCCACCUGCUGUGUGUCCAGCUGCUGCCGCCCCUCCUGCUGUGGCUCCAGCUGCUGUGGCUCUAAUUGCUGUGGCUCCAGCUGCUGCAGGCCCAGCUGCUGCAUCUCUAGCUGCUGCCGCCCCUCCUGCUGCCAGACCACCUGCUGCCGCCCCAGCUGCUGUGGCUCCAGCUGCUGUGGCUCCAGCUGCUGUGGCUCCAGCUGCUGCCGCCCCUCCUGCUGCAUUUCUAGCUGCUGCCGCCCCUCUUGCUGUGGUUCCAACUGCUGUGGCUCCAGCUGCUGUGGCUCCAGCUGCUGCCGCCCCUCCUGCUGCCCCUCCUGCUGCCUGCGUCCAGUCUGUGGCCGGGUCUCCUGCCACACCACUUGCUAUCGCCCCACCUGUGUCAUCUCCACCUGCCCCCGCCCCAUGUGCUGUGCCUCCUCUUGCUGCUGAGCCCCCUGACCUGUGACCACCAUCUCCGCCUACCUCUGCCCCACAGAUGUAGCCCCUCCUUUUCUGCUGCUAGGACACAUGAAGUAGAAAUGAUGUUGCUCAACUGAAUUGGGCCUUGAUUCUACUGAAGAACCACGUCAUGCUGUUGAAGAAGAUGGAUAUGGCCCAGAGCACUUAAGCAAUAACAGAUUUUAUCCUUCAGUUUGACAGUUGGUGACAUUCUCAUAACUUCCCUUUUCUGGGCCUUCUCUGUAACCUUAUAUAUUUCUCUACCAAAAUAAAGUUAUACUUCCCUGCAUUAACAA